CACCAGCCGGAUAUGCGUGACUCACGUCCUGCGGAAGUAAACAAUCCCCAGCUGACGUGGAGCUGCAGACUGUCACCAACCAGCUGGACAAACUGAAGUGAAUCCACUGGUUUAGAGGAACAUUUGUCGCUCUACUCUCUGUCUUUGGUGAUUAUUUAUUACAAGGGCUCUGCUGGUGUCGUCUAAACUCCCGGGAUAAACUAACGGCCUCGUUAAGAGACGGAAAACUCCGAAAUAAAAAUGGCGGCAGCGGAGGAGGCCAGCAGACCGUUCGCCGGACUGUCAGACGUCUCCAUCUCGGAGGACAUCCCGGUGGAGGGAGACAUCUCUGUGCCCGUCGGCCCGUCCACCAGGCGGGACGAGGAGUUCUCCACGCUGGACGAGCCCGUGAAGGAGACCAUCCUGCGGGACCUGCGGGCGGUGGGGAACAAGUUCAUCCACGUCCUGUAUCCGAAGCGGAGCACGGCUCUGCUGCGGGACUGGGACCUGUGGGGCCCGCUGCUGCUCUGCGUCACGCUGGCUCUGCUGCUGCAGGGCGGCGCCGCGGACAGCGACGACCAGGGGGGGCCGCAGUUCGCUGAGGUCUUCGUCAUCAUUUGGUUCGGCUCCAUCAUCAUCACCCUCAACUCCAAGCUGCUGGGCGGCACCAUCUCCUUCUUCCAGAGCCUGUGUGUGUUGGGCUACUGCAUCCUGCCUCUGACGGUGGCCAUGGCCGUGUGCCGGAUCGUCCUGGUUGGCGGCUCGGGGACGGUCAGCUUCGCCGUGCGGCUGGUGGUGGUGACGGCGUCCUUCGGCUGGUCCACCUUCGCCUCCACGGCCUUCCUCACCGACAGCCAGCCUGCCGAGCGCAAGGCGCUGGUGGUGUACCCGGUGUUCCUUUUCUACUUCGUGAUUGGGUGGAUGAUCCUGACGUUCUCGCCGUCACAGUAGAAGAGAGAAACCAAAAAUGAAGUGUUUGUUAAAGUGACAGCGACGAGGGGAGGGUUUUUUUUUUUUUUUUCAUGGAGUGGAAGAAUUCAAACAAACACCGGUGUCGGCCUUGGAACGAAGAUGACUGACUACUGAAGUGACUGGGAGUGUUUCCGGGCCUCUGGGAAAGCAUUCAGACUCACGGGACACCAACAUAAUUCCUUUUCAGGCGAAGCUCGUACUCCCAUUCAGAGAAGUCCGGUGGACACUGUGCUGCAGAUGGAGAGUUAUGAAAAGCUGAUGAUUGUGUUCACAUUCAUGAGCUGUGUAGAAAUAAAGUCCAUAGGCUUGU